AAACUCCUCCGUGCCACCCUCAAAUCUUUUCGCCACAUGGUCCGAAUGAACGUAAUGAUCCGUGGCUUCGCCACAGAAUCGGUGAUGAGUUGCAAGGAGAAGAAGGUGGGAGAAACGUUUGGGUUAUUGAGGAUGGAGCCAUAUUUGGUUUCGUUCAAAGGCGUUAUUAAGGAAUUGUGUGAGAAAGAGAGGAUGGAAGAGGCUAAGGAGGUGGUUAGGGAGAUGAAUCGGAAGGGUUUGGCCCCUGAUUGUGAAACUUACAACGCCUUGAUCUGUGGCAUGUGUAAGGUUAGGAAUAUGCUUUGUGCUGUUGAGCUUUAUGAUCAGAUGCGUGUGAGGGGGUUGAGUCCCAACGAGAGGACUUACAUGUCUCUGAUUGAUUUGUUAUGCACAUGGUGGCUGGAUAAGGCUUAUAAGGUUUUCAAUGAAAUGAUUGCUUCUGGGUUUUUGCCCUCGGUUGCUACAUACAACAAGUUCAUUACUGCAUAUCUCUCUUCCGAGAGGGUUGAGCAGGCUUUGGGGAUUUUUAGUGCCAUGGCUGAGAGGGGUUUGUCCCCUGAUCUUGUUAGUUAUAACGCUGUAAUUUCUAAGUUUUGCCAAGACGGUGAGCUGGAGAAGGCACUUGAAAUCAAGGCGGAGACAGUUGAGAAGGGCAUCUUGCCUGAUGAUGUCACUUACUCGGCCCUUAUACAGGCCCUGUGCCUGCAGGGAAGCCUGCCAGAAGCUUUUGACCUCUUCCUAGAAAUGCUGCGAGGGGAUGUGUCACCCAGUAAUUCUACUUAUACUAGAUUGAUGUAUGCUUAUUGUCUUGUAGGUGAAUUCAGUAUGGCUUUUCAUUUGCAUGAUGAAAUGAGACACAGGGGUUUUUUGCCUGAUUUUGUUAUUCAGUUUUCACCAUCUCUUGUUACAUUCAACGCCCUUAUUCAUGGGCUUUGCUCUUUGGAGAGGGUUGACGAGGCUCUGGGUAUUUUGAGAGGCAUGCCUGAAAUGGGUUUGUCCCCUGAUGCUGUUAGUUAUAACACUGUUUUAUUCGGCUUUUGCCAAAUCAGGGAGUUGAAGAAGGCGUAUGAAUUGAAAGUCGAGAUGGAUGAAAAGAUUAUCUGGCUGGAUGAAUACACAUAUGAAUCACUUAUGGAAGGCCUGUCAGAUGAGGUUACUUAUUCUAGUUUGUUGAAUGAUUAUUUUGCUCAAGGUAACAUGCAAAAGGUUUUUAAAUUGGAACGAGAAAUGACACGUAAUGGUUAUUUGCCAGAUAGUGUUACCUUAGGUGUGUUUAUUAAUGGACUUAAUAAGAAAGCUACGACAAGCAUUGCUAAGGGGAUUCUUUUGCGGAUGAUUUCUUCUCAGUGUUUGACUAUGCCAUCUUAUAUAAUAUAUGAUACUCUGAUAGAGAACUGCAGUUAUGUUGAAUUUAAGAGUGCGGUAGGGCUUGUCAAAGAUUUCAGCACCAGGGGUUUAGUGAAUGAAGCAGCGAUAGCUCAUGAAAGAAUGCAUAACAUGAGUGUUAAGCCAGAUGGAGCAGUCUAUAAUUUAUUAAUAUUUGAUCACUGUAGAAGAGGCAAUGUUAAUAAGGCGUAUGAAAUGUACAAGGAGAUGGUGCAUUAUGGUUUUUUUCCUCAUAUGUUUUCUGUACUUUCUCUGAUUCAUGCUCUAUAUUACGAUAGAAAGAACAGUGAGAUGGGUUGGGUAAUUCGAAACACAUUGAGGAGCUGUAAUCUCAAUGAUUCUGAACUACAUCAAGUACUUAAUGAAAUUGAAGUCAAGAAGUGUAAGAUUGAUGCUCUUUUGAAUGCGCUAGCUAAAAUAGCCGUGGAUGGCAUGUUGCUUGAUCGUGGAAAGUGUUCAUAUGCUUCUGACCGCUUCACUCCUGCCACCAUUAUCGUCUUCUCGAUUUUCAUCUUAAAAGGUCUCCAAGAUGUCUUCUCGUUCUUCUAAUUGACCAUUUAACAGCAGAUUUAGAUUCUAUGUAUGUGGUGGCUUUAGACAGACAAUUAUUGACUCUGUAUGUUUAAGACCUAUUUUUAUUCGUUUGUAAGACCUAUUGUUAUUGCUACAGCUUUGGACCUGUUUGUUUGUAUGUUGAAGCUUAGUUUGUAUAUUGAAGCUUAGUUUUAGUGGUGUUUGUUUCCAA